UGUCCAAUCUGCGGAAUGGGUGCUGUGCGCACCAUCCACUUUUUUUCAUGGGCGCUUCUGCGGGGAAGGAUGCCGUGGCGGCAGCCUGGCAUGCGGAACAUCCUAAGGCAGUGAGCUUUCAGGCAGAUCCUCAGGAUCAGGACUUGGCCCAGACUCCUGUGAACACCACGGGCGAGUUGGUUGGCCAGGCAAACGGACCGUCAGCGAGCCGAGCCAAAGAUGAACUCUGGUUGCGUGAUGUGGAGUCUGCUGGCCGCUUGAAGAGGUUGGUGACCUUUCCCGUUGGGGACUGGUUUCUGGGUGUUGGAGAUGGAGGUAUUGGCAGAGACAAGGACAAUCCUGCAAAAGGGGCUUUGAUAAUGAAAGGGUCGCUGUCUGACUUUGAGAACACAAGACCUCCUGGCCCGGGUAACAGUGAUGAGUACAAGGAAACACACGAACCACCGGCAGGUGGUUGGACCGACAACGCCCGCUCUGGAGUCUCGCACCUUCCCAUAGCUGGCUAUGGUGGCGAGCUACAGCUGCUUGAAGAUUUCAGGUCUCAAACGAUCCGCUUCAGCGAUCUUACAGACACUUCCAGAUUUAGCUGUCAGCAUUCUGCCUGGGGUCCUGGACCAGGUGGUCCGGCACCUGUGCCAAAUCUGCAAGGAUAUCCUCAUCCACAGAUAGAGCUUGACCAUCCGGAGUCUUUCGUGCAUGUUCAUUUAGAAGACAAAUCUGCCGGACCGACCCCACAUGUGUUGUGGGAUGCUGCAUAUGACAUGGGAGGGACUGAGGUGUUGAAAUCCACAGCUCCAGCGAUGUGGGGGACUAGGCAGAACAUGGAGCUGUUCUGCCCGCCAAAACACGGGCCUCCUCAUUGGUUUGAAUUGACGAUAUCUCGUGAAGCUAAUGCGAGACGGCGACCAUUCAUGAUGCAAGACUUUAUCGCGUCCCAAGUCCUCUCAGCUUACAGGCCAGACCAGGAUCCCCAACUAGACGCAUUUUCCAUGGCAGUGGACAGUGGCAUUGCAGCAAAUGCUGCCAAAGCGUCAUUCUUGUGACAUUCCGCUGCAAGAUGGGUUUGUGUUGAGCUUGCUGGCCUUGCUGAAGCAAUAGCAAAAACGUGGACUGGG